CAGAUACAGACACUUGAGACAGAGACGGAGACCAAGAGGAAGAGAAUUGGGGAUGUAGUGAAGGUUUCUGUAUCGAAGUAGCAAGAUCGGGAAGCUAAAGAUUAAGGUCUGACCCAGAGCUUCCACUCAGCGCCACCUUCAACCCAUCCUUCUCUGCCAGAUUUUGGUCAGAUUCAUCUAAUGGAUCUGCUUGGUUGAACAAAGAAAUUUUUCACAAGGUGUUUGCCAUAAAGCCAGGAGGAGACCAUGAGAAAAUCCAGCCUCUAAUUCAGAAAUAUCUGCCGGACUAUUGGUCCUACAGGUAUGCAUCUCUGGCAGCUGUUCUUGACGUUGGCACUGGCAAGCUCAAGUGAUGCUUUUCCUGGGACUGAGGACACACCAGCCCCCCCUGGCGGAGCCUCCCAGAGUCUGCAAAGAGUCCAUCCAAGCCCAGAGACAAAUUCUUCUGGAAAGCCUAAAUUCACCAAGUGCCGUUCACCUGAACUAGAGACGUUUUCAUGCCACUGGACUGAUGGAGUUCAUCAUGACUUAAGAAGCCCAGAAACUGUGCAGAUGUUCUAUAGGAAAAGAACCAAACUAGAAUGGACUGAAGAGUGGACAGAGUGCCCUGAUUAUGUCUCUGCUGGAGAAAACAGCUGCUACUUCAAUUCAUCCUACACCUCGAUCUGGAUCCUCUACUGUGUCAAGCUACUUAACAAUGGCAGUACAGUGGAUGAAAAGUGUUUCUCUGUUGAGGAAAUAGUGCAACCAGAUCCACCCAUUGGCCUCAACUGGACUUUGCUGAACAUCAGUUUAACAGGAAUUCAUGCGGAUAUCCAAGUGAAAUGGGAAUCACCACCCAGUGCAGAUGUUCAGAAGGGAUGGAUAGUCCUGGAAUACGAACUUCAAUAUAAAGAAGUAAAUGAAACCCAAUGGAAAAUGUUGAUAAUUCGAAAGUGUGGCUGCCUCACUAAUGUUAGAGAUCCCCUUAUAGACCUGCCUAUUAUUUGGAUGAAAAUUGAGUCAAGAGAUUUUCAUUUUCCAUGGUUGUUGAUUAUUAUCUUUGUGAUAUUUGGGCUAACAGUGAUGGUAUUUGUAUUCAUAUUUUCUGAACAACAAAGGAUUAAGAUGCUAAUUCUGCCCCCAGUUCCAGUUCCAAAGAUUAAAGGAAUUGAUCCAGCUCUUCUCAAGGCAGGAAAACUGGAAGAAGUGAAUACAAUCUUAGCCAUUCAUGACAGCUACAAACCUGAAUUCAACAAUGAUGACUCCUGGGUUGAAUUUAUUGAGCUAGACAUUGAUGACCCUGAUGAAAAGACUGAAGGAUCAGACACAGACAGGCUUCUAACCAUUGACCUGCAAAAAUCACUUAACCUCCUUGGGGCAAAGGAUGAUGAUUCUGGACGUACCAGUUGUUGUGAACCUGACAUUCUUGACACUGAGUUUAAUGCCAGUGACAUGUGUGAUGGUACCUCAGAAGUGGCUCAGACACAAAGGUUGAAAGGGGAAGUAGAUCUCUUGUGCCUUGACCAGAAGAAUCAAAUUAGCUUACUGUCUCUAGACACUGCCUCUGCUACACAGCAGCCUAGUGCCACCUUAGUAGAUGAAAGUAAACCAAGUCCACUUCUUGGUGGAUCUGAGUCAGCUCCUCAAGCGUCCCAUUCUCAGCUAAGUAAUCUGAGUUCACUGGCAAACAUCGACUUUUAUGCACAGGUAAGCGAGAUUACACCAGCAGGGAGUGUGGUCCUUUCUCCGGGCCAAAAACUUAAAGCAGGGAUGUCCCAGUGUGACAUGCAUCCUGAAGUGGUCUCACCUGGCCAAGCCAACUUCAUCAUGGACAACGCCUACUUCUGUGAGGCAGAUGCCAAAAAGUGCAUUGCCAUGGCCCCUCAUGUCCAGGUGGAGUCGCAUGGGGAGCCGAGCUUUAACCAGGAAGACAGUUACAUCACCACAGAAAGCCUUACCACUACUGCUGUGAGGUCUGGGCCAGCAGAAGGAGCCCCGAGCUCCGAGAUGCCUGUCCCAGACUAUACCUCCAUCCAUAUAGUCCAGUCUCCACAGGGCCUAGUCCUCAACGCAACUGCCUUGCCCUUGCCUGACAAAGAGUUUUUCACAUCUUGUGGCUAUGUGAGCACAGACCAACUGAACAAAAUCAUGCCGUAGCCUUUCUUUGAGGCCCACAAGCUUCCUAUUUAAUGGAGCAUGUAUGCUUAAACCAAAACAAUGUUUUAACCUUUUGUGGGGGGCAUGUGGUGAAGGGAUGUGGAUUCUAAAUGCCUUUUCCUGAAAUGGUGAAACGUGAUAUUAAAAAAAAAAAAAGGGAUGUUUAAUCAGACAGAUAUUCCUGGUAACUGUAAAUAUUUGAAAGAAGUGUCUCAAAGAUUGUUUAGUGGUGGUGAUUGUCUUGUCAUUGUGGGUGUUAAUUUUGUGAUACUAAGCAUUGAACGCCUGUAUUUUUAAUGAAUAGUAAAUAGAUCCAGCUUUUUGAAAAAGCAAAUAAUCAGGUGUCUUUUGAAGUUCAGGAAAAUGGAAUACAAAUUAUAAUUCAGUCCAAUUUUUUUAAAAUAUAUCAUUGGAAACUAUAAUUAUAGAUAAGAAGGCAAAAAUAGUUUGGAUACAUAAAACAUUUAUUUUGACAUGAAAUUGAUAAAGAUAUUUUUAAUAAUUUAAACUUCAA